AUGCUAGAUGAGAUAAAGAGUCAGCUGUGUAAUAACAACUGCAGUCAAAAUGGAAUUUGUGAUAAAGGCAAUUGUGUGUGUGAUGACGGGUUUAUUGGUGAUGAUUGUUCUCUUUUGAGGACAUCACCACCUGUUGGUUUGACUAUCCCAUAUGGAGGAAAAUGUGGAACCAGAAGCAGAAACUGUGAAAGAACACUUUUGAAUGGCAGGUUUGAAUCAACAGAGGUUUGGUGUAAACUUGUCUACUUCGAGGUUGUAAAUAAUGAAAAACAAUCAUCACUUAGUCCCAUGAUUGAAAAGGCAGAGUAUAAAAGUUUUAGUACAGUGUCAUGCCCAUUACCCACGUCAUCAGACCGACGCAGAAAGAGAUCAAUCUCUGAUAAAACUGCAGAUGGAUAUGAUAUUAGUUUGUCAAAUGACGGAACAAACUUUGGCGACGAAUCAACCAUAUUGAUUUACGAUGAUGAAUGUUAUUCGUGUAACGUAACGUCAGUAUCAUGCACGCUUCUAAGUUCCUGUUCUUUGACAACAGUAGAAACAUCUGGUGUAUCAUCUGAUUCAGUGGUCACAACAGACUCUACUGUAAAAACAUCGACAGCAAACAAGCCAACAAACUUGCUAACAACUACGACAACAACACAGCGUCAUUCAUCCCCAUCGGAAACAACUAUCAAAACAGUUGAACCAACCGAAGAUUCAAACGGUACUGUGUUUGUAUACUGCUGUCAUUUUUGUGUCAUCUCUAAAGGUUUAAACUACUGA